CAGUCUUAAAACUCUGUUGGGAGGUAAUAUAGUAAGAAAACUCAGACAUUUAUUUAAAAUGAAAAGUGCUAAUUUAAGUACUUUAGGAAAGCAGGUGUUUAGAUGUGGUUUGAAGACUGCCAGUGACUCAGUUGUUUGGACAUCCAGGGGAAGUUCAUUCCACCACCUAGGUUCCAGAACAGAGAAGAGUCUUGAUGCAUGCCUUCCGUGUACGCUGAGAGAUGGUGGAACCAGUCGAGCGAUGCUAGAGGAUUGGACGGAGUGUGGUGCAGUGCGGGGUGUGAUAAGUGAUUUGAGGUUUUGCAUUGUGAAUUGAUUCCAUCAGGGAAAAAACCCAAAUGAAGCAAAAUACCUCCUAUAGCUGUGUGAUAGAGGAGGCUGAUUUGGCUAACAUGGCUAAUGUCAACGUGUUCGAAUGGGUUGUUCAAGGUGAUCUUUCAGCUCUGGAUUACCUGAGCAGGAUGUGUCCGGCUCACCUGAGCUCUAGGGAUGAAAACGGAGCCGGACCAAUCCACUACGCUGCCGCUAGUGGACAUUUGGAUGUUAUUCAGCUCAUCGUGUCCAUUACAGGACCUGAGGAGUUGGAUGUUCAGGAUGCGGAAGGCCAAACUCCUCUGCAUUUUGCUGUGGAGAAAAACCAGGAGUCAAGCUGCUCACUGUUGCUAGAUUUGGGUGCCAAUCCAAACAUUGUAAACACAGCCAUGAUGGCACCGAUUCACUUGGCCAUCAGCAAAGGACACAAUCAAAUGGUAGAGGUUCUCCUGUCCUGCAGUCGCACAGAUGUGAAUCUGGAGGGAGAUUUGGGAAACACACCUUUGAUGUUUGCAUGCUCCUACAAUAACUGUGAAGCUCUUCACACACUAUUUAAAUAUGGAGCAAAGCUGUGUCGUCAGAACAAGCUGGGACAUUAUGCGAUACACACCGUAGCUUUUUCUGGAGCCAAAGAAGCGAUGGAGGUGAUACUGCAAAAAGGAGAAGAGUUGGGUAAAUGCACCCUUAUACACAUUAAUUAUUUGGAUAAAUCCAAGAGCAGCCCACUUCAUUUAGCUGUACGAGGCGGAAAUACAGAAGUGAUCAAACUCUGCAUUGCUAAAGGCGCGAAAGUGGACCAGCAACAGUGCGACAAGUCCACGGCGCUGCACUUCGCCUGCACACAGGGAGCGACAGAAGCCGUACAAGCGAUGCUGCUUCCUUACGAGAGAACAAUCGAUGAAAUCAUUAACAUUAGAGACGCAGCCAAUCAGACGCCGUUACACAGAGCCACGUUAUUUGAUCAUGUGGAACUGGCUAAAUAUCUCGUCUCAAAGGGAGCGGACAUCGACUGUGUCGACUGUAAAGGUUUUACCCCUUUACUCCUGGCUACGUCAAGCAGCGCAUGGAAAACGGUUUCAUUCCUGCUGUCUAAAGGUGCAGAUUUUAGAAUAAAAGACAAAACUGGACGGAACUUCCUCCAUCUCGUCAUCUUCCAACCGAAAGGACUGAAAAAUCUUCCUGAAGACAUCCUACAGAAUAAAGACGUGUGGGAGCUGAUGAGCGAUGAGGACUUUGCAGGCUGUACUCCUCUACACUACGCCUGCAAACUCGGCAUCCACGACUCUGUUAAAAACAUGCUGGGGUUUGAAAUCUCCUUGGGCCGCAAGUCAAAGGAGAAAAAAUCAGCACUACAUUUUGCUGCAGAAUACGGGCGAAUAAACACGUGUCUCAGGCUUCUGGAGACGAUCAGAGAUUCACGUCUGCUAAACGAGGGAGAUGAGAACGGACUGACGCCGCUCCACCUGGCCUCUAGGGGGGGCCACGUUAAGGUGGUGGAUCUGCUGCUCAGGAGAGGAGCACUGUUCCAGAGCGAUUAUAAAGGCUGGUCGUGUUUACAUCAUGCCUCGGCUGAAGGAUACACACAAACCAUGACUAUCCUGCUGAGAGCAAACAUCAAACUGCUGGACAACACAGAUGAAGAUGGCAACACGGCUCUGCACCUAGCCGCACGUGAAGGUCACGUCGCAGCUGUAAAGCUCUUACUGAACCAAGGGGCUGAAAUCGUGCUCAAUAAUAAUCACGCCUCAUUCUUCCAUGAAGCUGUGCGCAAUGGGAAGAAAGAUGUCGCUAACGCCGCUAUCGAGAAUGAGAGGUCAGCAGAGACUCUCCGUCAGUUUAAAAUGGGCUACACUCGCUGCCCUGUGCUGGAUUUAAUCGAGUUUCUACCUGAAUCAACAAAGCAUCUUCUGGAUCAGUGUAUGACUGAAUCAGAGCAUGACCCAAACAGCCCUGACUACCAUAUCACAUACAAUUUCCAGUAUCUUCAGGCUCCAGUAAAAGUGCAGAAAUCCUCUCGAACGGACAAAUCGCUAUAUAUUCAGCCCCUGGCAGCUCUGAAUGCGAUGGUUCAGUAUAACCGGCUUGAGCUGCUCACACACCCUGUGUGUCAGAAAUACUUAGAGAUGAAAUGGAAAGCCUAUGGAAGUAAAGCUCAUUUACUCAAUCUGGCUGUGUAUCUGUUGGGCCUUUUGCCCCUCACGUAUCUUGUCAUCAACUUGAAUCCUACACAAAUCAGCACACCAAAUGGCACGACCUUCAACAUGGAGCCCAUAUCUUUCCACGAACAAAACUUUUUAAUUUCAGUGUCCAUGAUGAUGGUCCUCAUCAUGAACAUUUAUGGCAUUUGUAAAGAGGUGAUACAAAUAGCACAACAGCGAAUGAGUUACAUUUUGGACAUCUCAAACGGAUUGGAUUGGACAACAGUCAUUUCCUCGCUUGCUUUCGUUACUCCAAUGUUCUUCGGCGUGGAAGGGAAUCUGCAUUGGCAGGCUGGAGCUUUGGCAAUUUUAUUUGCCUGGAUAAACUUUCUUCUUUAUUUCCAGAGGUUUGAGCGCUUUGGUAUUUAUGUUGUAAUGUUUGGAGAAAUCGUAAAGACACUCGUAAGUGUCCUUGUCCUUUUAAUCUUCCUGUUGAUGGCAUUUGGAUUGUCCUUCCAUGCGCUGAUGCUUCAUCGAGGCGAGUUCAACUCAAUUGGUCUAUCAUUGGCACAGACAUUUGUAAUGAUGGUUGGAGAGCUGAAUUAUGAGACCUCGUUUCUGGAAGCAUACAAUCAGGGAUUUCUGGCUUUUCCUGUAAUCACCUACUAUGUGUUUGUGCUCUUCGUCCUCAUCAUGCCAAUCCUUCUCAUGAACCUGAUGAUUGGUUUGGCAGUCGGGGACAUCGCCGAGGUUCAAAGGAACGCAGCACUGAAGAGGAUCGCCAUGCAGGUGUUGCAAAAAUUAAUUGAACAGAUUGAUGAAUUAAAACCAUUUGCAACCAUAUAUGGUUAUAUGCUAGGACUUUUCAGUUCAGUAAAUGUGUCAUUCAUUCUUACACAGAUUAAUCUUCAUACUACUCUGGAAGAGAAACUGCCAUAUUGGUUUAUGAAGAGAGUGGACAAAAGUAGUAUCACUAUCCACCCAAAUAGGAAGUGUGCCAAAUUUCAGGGAAUGAUGGAGCAGAUCUUUGGGAACGUUAGUCCAGAAGGUGAACUGCGCACUCGUUUAAACACUCAGGUGACACACUCAAGUCCACUGGAGACAGAAGUGAUGAAGCAGAAACACAGGCUGAAGCAGAUUUAUUCAGCACUGGAGAAACAAGACAUGUUGUUGAAACUCAUCAUACAGAAGAUGGAAAUCACGACAGAGGCAGACGAGAGUGAUGGACCUGACGAUUUCCGGUCCAUCACCACCGCAAAAUUACAUAAAUCCCACUGGGCUCCUCUGAUGCGAGCUCUUGGGGUCAGGAAGUCACACUCGACAUGCUGAUGGUGGUGUAGAGCUUGAAAUGUCAGAUGUGUCUUAUAGUAAACAUUUACUCGUAGCACGUUACAUUAAGGGCUAUUCAUAAAAAAUGUUAGCGAUUAACCAUAAAAUAUACUAUUUAGUAGGUCUUAGUGUCAAGUAAUAUAUUGAGCAUUUAGCAUUCUUCCAGUGCGUAAAUGAGCUUCAAAUUUGCAUGUCUUUCGAAUUUGUACGUAUAAACAUGAACGGAAAAGUAUGUAUUCUUAAGCGUAAACAAAGAUACGUUGAGAAUUUGAAACUGAUAGAGAAAACGUAUUUAAACCCCACAAAUUAAUACUAACAAACAUUAACUCUUUGUUACAACGCCAUUGUUGAGAAUUACAGCUUCGAGAUAUCUACAUUAAGAAAUAAUAAGAGUCAUUUCAGAUAGGGUUGUUGCUUGCAUGUGUCAGAUUUGCAAAUUGGAACGUAACAUGAUCACACGUUAGACAUAUUUCACACAAACUUUCAUGAUUCGACUAGUCAGUCAACAUCACCGUCCGGGCACGUCAAAAACCAAAUCAAGUUCAAAUCCAAAUUCAAUGAAAUAUUUAGCAGUUUAAGCACAAACCAUGACUUUUAGCAUUUGUGUCUAUUAAAGUGGGGUCUAUAAGCCCCUAAUAUCCCUCAUGUUUGAAAAUUGUGCACGUUUUCACGUUUUGACAAAGAAAAUAAAUGCCAUUCUGUAGUAAGUUCUUAGCAUUUAGAUAGGUAGAAAAAAGUUUAUGUCUGCUAAAUUCCAUGUGGCUGGGAAUAAUAUUUCUGAAGAUAUUAAACAUUGCUUCCCGUUUGAGACUUUUAUUAAUUAGACGAUAAUAUAUUUUUCAGGGGAGUAAAAAAAAAAAAAAAAAAAAAAAAGUGAUGUUAGAAUUCAGCCCAAAUACUUUACAACAUUUUUAAAAAAAUAGAAUUACUAGGUCACAAGCAACAAAUAAAAAAGAAUGAGUUAAAACUGAGACUCGCAGCAAUUAAGGCCCUUAUUUUCAUCACGUUUGAAGGCAUCUUUGCUAUACAUCAUCUUUAUAUGACUUUUGCACAGUACUGUAUAUAUUUGAACAUAUAUCAUUUGUUUAUAUUCUUGAUUAUGGUUUUGAAUACAU